AUGCAGUGGGCGGUGGGCCGGCGGUGGGUGUGGGCCGCGCUGCUCCUGGCUGCCGCUGCUGUGCUGGUCCAGGUGGUCUGGCUGUGGCUGGGCACGCAAAGCUUCGUCUUCCAGCACGAAGAGAUCGCGCAGCUGGCCCGGCAGUAUGCGGGACUGGACCACGAGCUGGCGUUCUCUCGGCUUAUCGUGGAACUACGGCGGCUGCAUCCAGGCCACGUGCUGCCCGACGAGGAGCUGCAGUGGGUGUUCGUGAACGCGGGCGGCUGGAUGGGCGCCAUGUGCCUUCUGCACGCCUCGCUGUCCGAGUACGUGCUGCUCUUCGGCACCGCCCUGGGCUCUGGCGGCCACUCGGGGCGCUACUGGGCUGAGAUCUCGGACACCAUCAUCUCUGGCACCUUCCACCAGUGGAGAGAGGGCACUACCAAAAGUGAGGUCUUCUACCCAGGGGAGACCGUGGUGCACGGGCCUGGUGAGGCAACAGCUGUGGAGUGGGGGCCAAAUACAUGGAUGGUGGAGUAUGGCCGGGGUGUCAUCCCAUCUACCCUGGCCUUUGCGCUGGCUGACACAAUCUUCAGCACCCAGGACUUCCUCACGCUCUUCUAUACUCUUCGCGCCUAUGCCCGGGGCCUCCGGCUUGAGCUCACCACCUACCUCUUCGGCCAGGACCCCUGACCAGCCAGGUCUGAAGAAGGACCUGCAGAUGGAUAAGAGGGGGCAGGCCCGCAUACAUCCACUUUCUGGAACCCAUGUGAAACGAGGGACACACAACAUGCAACUACUAAGUUCCUGAUGUACAAACAGGAACACACAUGCUUAUGUAACCAAAUACAGAGACUCGUGGGAACAUAUGGGACAUACAUGCAGAUGCAAUCCCAUGUGUAUGGCAGCAUCAUACAUUCACAACCAUCCAGAGAGGGAGCCCCACAUGUACCAAGUGGGCUAAUCAUAUUCGGACAUACUGCAAGCUUGACUCACUAAUUCAAGUUUUUCCAGAGCUUUCCUUCCACCAGUGAGGGCUCUGUAGUUGUUGAUGGGUGUAGGUAUUAUACUCUGUCUGGGCCUGACCCUUCCUUCAACCCAGCAGCAGUUGAGGUGGGAGGGAGACAAAGGGCUGCCUGUGGAGGCCCUCCUUGUCUCCCAGUCCUCACCAUAUGCCUUACCCCAUUCUCUUCCCCUUACUAUGCAAGUGCUCUCAUGGCCAGUCCCCACUUUUAGCAACCAUGUCAGUUGGGGUAACCGUAAGAAUGGAGAAUGCUGAGGUCAGGGUCCUUCUAUCCUGAAAGAUCCCCUGUCCUUCCCCCUUUGUCCUUUAGGAGUGUGAUUGGGGGAGGGUGGCCUCCGCUCAGGGUCCAGGGCUGGGCAGAGGACCUAGAGAAGUUAGCCUAGGUCCAGGGGGCCAUCCCUGGCCUACAAAGGCCUUUUCUGCACAGAUAUACCCCUCAUCACAGCUUCCACACACUGCCCUGAUGCAUUGUCUGUCCAUCUGUCUCUGUUAAUAAAGACCUGUUGAACAGUUUCA